CAGGCCUACAAGAAGUCGGCAAAGCUGUUCAUCUUUUGAUAAAACCAAAGACCUUGCGUUUCUGUUCCGCAAUACCCCUUAAACGUCUUGAAAGACAUGCCUCAGUUCUUACGGCGCAUAUUUAGCGACCGACACCUGAGCUUCCGGAGAGAUCCUUCCACGCACGACGAUGUACAGCAAUCACGACGCAUUAUCACCAAAACAUCAACAGGAAGGCCGGAGACUCGGUUCCGAGCCAGACUUUCGCAGCUCAAUCUUGCACUUCACCCAGAGGAGAUAGGACGCCCUCAAGACGGGGUAAGUCUUGCCGACAGCGAAAUGCGUGCUGCUCGGCCUAUCCUUGCACCGAGUAUCGCAUCCCAUGAACAGUAUUCGCCUGCGCCGAAGACAAAAGCUCCGAGGAGGAGACUAAGUAAAAGACAUCGCAUGCCUGAUCUGAAGGCCUGAUAGCUGUGUGCUCCACUCCACAAAGACACGACCGAUUUGUACAUAGUUACUUCAGAGGCAGAAAUAUGGCCAAUAAAACACCAUUCAUGAUUUUUACCUCAUUCAGUAUCAGAUCCUCAGUUG